AUGAAGGCUGUAAUCGCAGCCAAAGGAGCAUUAACAAAGCACUAAGUAAAGGGUCUGAAUACUUAUGUAAAUGUGAUAUUUCAGUCAUUUCUUUCUAAUUACUUUGCAAAUAUUUCUAAACACCUGUUUUCGCUUAUUUAUUACAGGGUUUUGUGUGAUGAUUGAUGGUAAAAAAUAAUAAUUUAAUCCAAUUUUAUAAUAAGGCUGUAACGUAACAAAAUGUGGAAAAAGUGAAGGGGUCUGAAUACUUUCUGAAUGCACUAUAUUUGUGAGAUUGAGGGACAGACCUGCUUCACGUGGUCUGACAUGGAAUUUGAUGAAUUUUCUUCUCUUGCAGCAGCAGAAUGGGAGAUUUGUUGAAAGAGAAGCUCGAUCAGCUUCAGUGUCACUUCACGUGGAGCCCACAGAAGGAGACCAUUGACCUGGAUGAUAUGGUGUACAGAUUACAAGAUGCCAUAAUCUUUGCAGAUAAAUAUCAAGCCGCAUCCUACAACCAACUCGCUUUUGUAAACUGCCUGCAAGGCAACAGUGAGGAAGCUAUUCAAAACUUACAGGAAGCUGAAAAGAUUCUGAGGGAGAACCACAAAGAUGCAUUUGAAAGAAACAGCAUCAUCACCUAUGGAAACUAUGCCUGGGUGCAUUACCACAUGGGACAACUGGACAAGGCCCAGUCCUACCUCGACAAGCUGGAGAUGAUCUGUAAACCACUCACUGAUGGUCCUCGCUAUACAGCAAUGAUACCUGAAGUGUAUGGGGAGAAGGGAUGGUCAUUGUUGAGUUCUGCUGCUCCACACUAUGAGGAGGCUAUGGAAUGUUUUGAGAAAGCUCUGGAGGAAGAUCCCAAUAACACGGUGUGGAUCAUGGGCAAAGCAACUGUUCUGUCCCGUCUGGAAUCAUAUUCUGGAACCCCAGAGAGUCAUGAAUGUAGUCAGUCAGUGAAUUAUCUGCGGCGUGUACUGGAGCUAGAUCCAGAUGAUUCAAUGGCCAUGGUGCUGCUGGCCUCAAAAUUGCAAGGAUUCAGUAAAAGUGAAGAAGCAAAUAAAUUAGUUGAGCAAGCAUUGCAGAAGUCCAGUAAGGAUCCAUAUGUGCUUCGAUAUUCGGCAAAUUUUUACAGAGAGGAAGGAGCAGUGGAGAAAGCAAUCAAUCUAUUGAAGCAAGCGUUAGAAUUAAUUCCACACUCGUGCUUCUUACACCACCAAAUUGGAAUAUAUUAUAAAAUUGAACUGAACAAGCUUGGUGAUAGAAAUCCUCGCAGACCCGCAACUCAGCAGCAAACUGAGUUGAUCAGUCAAUGUAAAUAUCACUUUGGAAAAGCCUCUGAGUGCCGUCCAAGGUCAGCUAUUAGACCAAUGCUGGACUUAGCAGAUAUUUACAUAAUAGAUGGAGAGUAUUCUAAGGCAGAGGAGAUCUACAAUAAUCUGAUGAAAUUGGAGGACAACCGUCCAGAAAACAUACAGCAGAUAUGUUUACGGGCUGGGUCAUUUGAACUGUAUCAGAAAGGAUCGGAAUCAAGUGCCAUCAGCCUAUUUCUGAAAGGGGUGAAGAUUGAAUAUGAUUCAAAAGAUCGGAAAAAGUGUAAGAAAAAAUUGGAGAAGUGGGCAGAUAAAAAACUUUGCUAUGCUCCACAUGACAGCAAAGCUCUUGGUGUGAGAGGGUUACUGUAUCAGCUGGAUGGGAACAAGUCCAAGGCUAUUGAAUACUUUGAAAAUGCCUUGGAGAUAGAUCAUGAGAAUGAAGAAUAUCUGAAUGCUCUUUCAGAAUUGCGUCAUAGUCAUUGAGCACCACAAGGAUGCUUAUAAUAUGCACCGAUUUCAUCUGAUCUAAGGAUAGUCAAGUCAACUUUAUUUCUAUAGCACACUUAAAAACAACUCUCGUUGACCAAAGUGCUUUACAGCAGUGCAGGUACUAAUGUGCUACAUACAGUGGUACAUAGAUCUAAAAAUACCUACAUAAAUACAUAUGUACAGCGC